AUGACAUCCGAAGUGCCAUCUUCGUCUCUUCCGUAUAAACUAAAUCAGCAAAAUCAGACACAGUAUCAGCACAACAUUAGGUUGCUUGAGAAAAUAGUAGAUGCGGUCAUUCUGUGUGGGAAACAAAAUAUUCCUCUGCGAGGACACAGAGAUGAUAGUACAAGUGAUUCUUCAAAUAAAGGUAAUUUCCUGGCAAUAUUACAGCUGUUGGCAAAGCAUGAUGAGCAGCUCAUGUCUCAUCUACAAACAGCAAAAAAGAAUGCCUUAUACACCAGCAAAACCAUUCAAAAUGAGGUUAUCCAACUCAUAGGAAAUCACAUCACAGGUAAAAUUUUGAAGGGUCUACAAGGGAGGGGUUUUUAUUCCAUCAUAGCCGAUGAGGUAACAGACAAAUAUGCUAACAAAGAAGUUUUAGUCUUGUGUCUCAGAUUUCUAGAUACUAGAGAAAACCCUGCCACCAUUAAGGAGGAAUUCCUUGACUUUUCAAAUAUAGGCAGAACUACAGGGGAAGCAAUUGCUGAUAAACUCAUUGAAAUCCUCCGCUCGCUUGCAAUUCCAAUUGAGAACAUGCGAGGGCAAGCAUACGAUGGUGCAGCAGCAAUGGCAUCGGAAAAACGGGGGUGUCAGGGACGAAUGAAGUCUCUAAACCAAUUAGCUUUGUUUACACAUUGUCGGAGUCAUGUGUUGAAUCUGAGCGUUGCUUCAGCCUGCAAAUUACCUCUUGUAAGGAAUAUGAUAGAUGUCCUUAAUUCAGUGUUUAUUUUCUUUGACAGUUCCCCCAAAAGACAAGGGUUUUUUGAGAAUAUUAUAGAAAAUGAUGGGUCAGUAGAUUUUUCCAAAAAGAAACUAGUAGGACUCUGUAAGACUAGGUGGGUUGAACGUCAUAUCUGCUUUGAUGUGUUUUACACUAUGUACAAGUUCGUCAUCAAAUGUCUUCAGCACAUUAUCAAUCAAAACCUUGAUGAAAGUACCAGUGAAGACUGGUCUUGGGAUAGACAAACUAAAGUGACAGCACAGGGACUUUUGGCUUCGUUGACGUCCUUCUCUGUGUUGAUAACAUUUGUGUUUGUAAGGUACGUCCUAGACACAAUAAAACCUUUAACUCUCAAACUUCAGAAGAGAGAUAUUGACAUUUUCACUGCAAGUAAGCUAAUCGAGGAACACGUUGAUAGAAUCAAAGAAAUUCGUACAGCGGUAGAUACGGAAUUUGAGUCUUGCUUUGAAGACGCCAAACAAAUUGCAGAUGACCUUGAUAUAGUGAUUAAAAUUCCAAGGGUUUGCUCAAAGCAACAACACAGGGAAAAUGUCUCCACAACUAAUCCCAAAGAUUAUUAUAGAUCUGUCGUGGCCAUUCCAUUUCUGGACUUUCUUCUCAGUGAAUUAAAUUCAAGGUUUCAGAAAGAAGAUCUGGUGGCAUAUUCAAUAUGCACUUUGUUGCCUAUCAAUAUGACAAAUCUCUCACAAGAGGAAUUGUCCAAACUUGCCUCAGAACUUACAUUUUGGGAGAGCGACCUACCUUGUCUUUCUGUAAAGGACUUGGAGAAGGAACUUGCAGAUUGGAAAAGAUAUUGUGUUAACAUGAGCAAAGAAACCUCAGAAAAGCUCUGUAAUUUGAUCUUUCUUUUCAACUUUGUCGAUGGGGACGUUUUUCCGAACGUAAAAAUUCUUCUGCACAUUGGAUGUGUGUUACCUAUCACAACAUGUGAGGCUGAAAGAUCCUUUUCUGGAUUAAGACGCAUCAAAAGUUAUAUGCGCAGUACUAUGCAAGAGGACAGAUUAACUGGGCUAGCACUAAUGCAUCUUCAUCAUUCAUUAGAGAUUGACCAAAAGGAAAUAGUACAAUCAUUUAUCAGGCAAGGGAAACGAAGAUUAUUUCAGUCAAGUCUUUUUAGCUAA